GACACAUAUAGCGGCCUUCCACCGGAUACGCGUACGAUUUUUGGUCGUCCCAUAAACCAAUGGGCGACACGGGACCUAGGGCUAAGCGGAGGUCAAAUGCAACGACUUGCUGUAGCGCGGACGCUCAUGCGUUCGAUUGUGUCAGAAGAGUCUCUAAUUGGGUUGUUGCUGUUUGACGAGCCAAGCGCGUCAUUGGAUCCGACUGCAGAGCACGAGCUCUUCGCGCGGCUGAGAGAGCUGAGAGGGGGGAGGACAAUGCUGUUCUCAUCGCACCGUUUCGGGAACCUGACCAAGCACGCUGACAUGAUUUUGUUCAUGAAUGGAUCAUCGAUUGCAGAGACGGGCACGCAUGAUCAAUUGCUACAGCGCGAUGGGGAAUACGCAAAGGUCUGGAAAUUACAAGCUCAGGCCUUCUUGUAGAAUUGUGAGACAUCGCCUCCGAAGGGAGUCCACGCAUAUACCAUAUGGCUGUGUUGUGCCACGAUAGGCUUUCUCCAGCCACAUUAUUGAGUUUUAUGAGGUCAUGACAUUGUAUGGUUCUUAUCGAGUAUCUGCUUAGAUAUACCACGGACCAUCGCAUCGCGG